AAAUGUUUCCGAUAUGUGCUCCCCUAGGCCCCAUCUUCACUCUCACCAUCCUAAAAGCAGAUUCUUAUCCAGCUGAGACAUGCUACGGCUUUUAUAUACAACAGGGGCGCUAGGACCGUGAGGGAGAGCGCCUCUAAAUGUCUUUUCAGUAACAUUUUCAGUUAUUUGUAAGCGCCUUUGAACCGAACAGCCGUUUAAGCGACUCCCAAGGACGGAUAGUCACAUUGAGUAGGAACACAAGCUUGUAGUUGACUCUCAUCGAUAAACUUUGCUUGGACCGAAUUGAUUUGGAGACGUUAUUAAAGAGGGGACUAUCUCUCUGCGGGACUGUGAAGAGAGAGGGAUACCUGUCACACUGAAGAGAUGGGAGAAAUCUGGGGAAUCGAGAUGCCCGGUAGUUUUGAAGGGGGCGAAAACGGGAAUAGGAUUUAAACACAGAAUCUGUUUAACUGUUUAACAAAAAGGUACAUUGCGCAUGUAUUGUCGUACUCAUUUGUUUUGAUCAACGACCAUGUCUCCACAUCCAAACUCUGGCCUGGCUCAUCCCUCCGCCUCAGUGCUGCUCCUCUUGCUCCUCCUCCCCCUCUCUCUGUCAUCCCGAGCACUCCCUCACCAAGAUCCUGUCCACCUCCCUUCACUGGUGCCCCAUGUACCCCUGCCCCUCUCCCGCUCUCGCUUCAGUGCUGAGACUCAAUUGGACUUCACCACUCACUGUAACGCCAGCUGCUACCACAAGGGAGAGCAAGAGCGAAGGCGAGAGCACCUGACUGAGCAGCUGGCCUUCGAGACGCUCUAUGCGGAUGGUUCUCGUACCCUCACCACUAUGGAUGUGGAGGACGAGGAUGAUUAUGAGGGCACCAUCAGUCCUGCCAUUCAACCACCACCAAUAAGAGGAUGGAGAGUUACCAGUAGGCACAGGCGUCAGAAACGACAGAUUUACGGGGCUGAUGGGCGCUUCAACAUCCGCGGUGACCACUUCCUGUUGGACUACCCGUUCUCCACAGCCGUGAGGAUCUCCACCGGCUGCACCGGGGUCCUGGUGUCUCAACGCCACGUUCUGACCGCUGCCCAUUGCGUGCAUGAUGGGAAGGAUUACGUCAAGGGAGCCCGUAAGCUGAGGGUGGGCUUCCUGACUCCUCCGUACAUCAACGGCACCAAGCCCAGUCAGGCCCCCACCAAGAUACCCCUGGUGCGCUGGGUCCGGGUCAAAAGCACUCGUGUCCCCAAAGGCUGGAUCCAGGGCCCCCAGGAGGUCAGCAUGGACUUUGACUACGCCCUCUUGGAACUGCGCUGGCCCCACCGCCGUCCCUUCAUGCGUCUGUCUGUGGCUCCUUCCUCUGAUGACCUGGCAGGGAAGCGCAUCCACUUCUCUGGGUUUGACAGUGACAGGCCUGGGGAGCUGGUCUACCGCUUUUGUCCUGUGGAGGAUGAGUCUAACGACCUGAUCUACCAGCAUUGUGAUGCCCGGCCGGGGGCCAGCGGCUCGGGGGUGUACGGCCGUGUGUGGGACACGGCUCUGGAACGCUGGGAGAGGAAAGUCAUCGGCAUCUUCUCUGGACACCAGUGGCUGGAGAUUGACGGGGAGAACCGAGACUACAACGUGGCUGUGAGAUUCACCCCGAUGAAGUUUGCCCAGAUCUGUUACUGGGUGCAUGGGAACCGAGCGGACUGUAUCCAGGACUGAGAGAGAGAAGGGGAGGGGGGAUGAACUAAGAGAAGGUGGAGUGCUAUGAAGCUCAUGACUGAAAGUGAUUAAAGUAAGCACAGAAUCCCUUAAAGGAGAUGUGGAGAGGAAAUUACUCCUCAACUCAUUCUAUAACGGGCAAGAGUGAAACUGGAUUUAAUCCUAAUAAAUAUUUAAAAUCUUCAAUACUAUGUAAGAAAACAGGACUGCUAAACCUUCAUGCGCCAUAACAUGUUUUCCUUGGAAAGGCGUCAACCGCUGUGACUGUCCCUUACUCUGGAAAGUGCAGGAAUGUCCCUUUGGAUCAAACUCAGUUCCCUCAGUGAAUGUAAAUGUUUUUCUGUCUCAGACUUAACUAGCUCCUUUUUUCGGGAUCUAUGCCUCGUUUCUAACACGUCUGCUAUCAUCACAGCAGCUUUUAAUGCCCUUUUCCUUCUGGUCAGCUUCACAACACCGAGUCGAUAUUUCCACUGUAUUAAACAGAACCACUUUUAUUAGAGGGAAAAGAAUAACACUGAUCCUUUCCUUGCGUGCUCCCCGUCUCUCCUGUUUUAUAACUGUGGUAGCAGCCGUUCAUUUUCUACAAUGUACUGACCAGCUUUAGCCAAUGGAGGGAAGUACUGGACUGAUUUUCUUUAUAUAUAUCAUACUCUCCCAUUGUACUCUAUAAUACUGCGACCGCAUGCUUUUCAACACUUAGGAUCAAAUGUGUGGAUGUGGAGUUGAAUUUACAAAGACGUGGUGACGGGACGGUUUAUUUGUUUAGGUAAUGUCUUGAAGGAUGGGAACGGUUUUGGAGAGUACAGGAACUUGUCAUUGUGUAGAAAGACACUUGUUAAAAGGCACACUUGUCCCCAAUGAUCCAGAGGCAUACCUAGCAACACUGAAAACAUAUUGAGCCUCAAUACAUCAAACAUGUCAAAAAGGCUCAAAGGUAUAGAUGGUGAAAUCAAUAAAAUACAUUCUAAAAACCUAGGAGGGGGUUUCUUACUCUGAAUGCUGGCAGCAUAUUCAACUUGCUUUUGAGCAUAUGGGGGGG